GAGGUGGGAGGCAGGAUGCGUCGCCCAAGGUCCCAAGGAUCCAGGGCUGGGCAGCGCGUCCGGGGCACCCAGGGCCAUGGAAAAGGAGUCAGGUUUGACAAUCUGGAACUCAGAAAGGUCACCAAGCCAGGGUGGCUGUGGGCUGGUGGCUGCCGCGGUGGUCGGCCCUGGGGUCGGGCUUUGACCUUCCUCCAGAGAGUUCAGGCGCCCCGGGCCAGGGAGGGAGGUGCCGUUUGCGGGCCGGGAGGGGCGGGCCAGGGUCACCCGGGCGGGGCGGGCGUGGGGGGAUCAGCCCCGCCCCGGAGGUGUGUCCGAGCCUGGCCACCGCCUUUAAGGGGCCUAGGGUGCCGGACGAGGCCGGAGCGGGCCGUCCCGGGGCGGGAUCUGGAGCGGCACCUGGCGCAGUAUCUUGGAUCCGGAGCGGGAUCCGGAGCAGGCCUCGGCGCGGGAGCCAUGGAGUCGUCCGGGCCACUGGUGCUGCUCGUGCUGCUGGCGGGCGCAGCGCAGGCCGGCCUCCCCUUCCGCCGGAGCUGCUACCUGCUCCCACCGGGGAACCAGCUGCUACAGCUGGGACGCAGGACAUACCCGCGGCCUCACGAGUAUCUGUCCGCAUCGCAUCUGCCCAAGAGCUGGGACUGGCGCAAUGUGAAUGGCGUCAACUAUGUCAGCAUCACCAGGAACCAGCACAUCCCUCAAUAUUGUGGCUCCUGCUGGGCCCAUGCCAGCACCAGCGCCAUGGCAGAUCGCAUCAACAUCAAGAGGAAGGGCGCGUGGCCCUCCGCCCUGCUGUCGGUGCAGCAUGUCCUUGACUGCGGCAACGCCGGCUCCUGCGAGGGCGGAAACGACCUGCCAGUAUGGGAUUAUGCCCACCGCCACGGCAUCCCCGACGAGACCUGCAACAACUACCAGGCCAAGGACCAGGAGUGUGACAAGUUUAACCAAUGUGGGACAUGCACUGAAUUCAAACAGUGCCAUGCCAUCCAGAACUACACCCUCUGGAAAGUGGGCGACUAUGGCUCCCUCUCUGGGAGGGAGAAGAUGAUGGCAGAAAUCUAUGCAAAUGGACCCAUCAGCUGUGGCAUAAUGGCCACAGAAAAGAUGGUCAGCUACACCGGAGGCAUCUAUGCUGAGUACCAAGAGAACCCUGAAAUAAACCAUGUCGUUUCUGUGGCUGGGUGGGGUAUCAGCGAUGGGACUGAAUACUGGAUCGUCCGGAAUUCAUGGGGUGAACCAUGGGGUGAGAAAGGCUGGAUGAAGAUAGUGACCAGCACCUACAAGGAAGGGCAGGGCGCCAGCUACAACCUUGCUAUCGAGAACACGUGUACAUUUGGGGAUCCCAUCGUUUAAGGUGAUGUCCCUGGAAAGACAAGUGUUUUCAGAAAUGAUAUCAUGAACCACGACCAGAGGGGAUCCUAAAGUUAUGUCCACCAGGCUGGCUGAAAGGAACUGAGAGACUGGGCACGGGGCACCUGAGGACAGGGGGUCCUGCCUGAAACGGGAGGCCUUGAACACUGUACAAUGACUGCUGCCGGCCACCUGCUGAGGAAGUAUCCACAGCACAGGAACCCUCAGACCUCAGCCUUCAGAGGAGGGUUUGGUAUCUUGCCAUUUAAAAGGUAAAAGAGUUCAGAUGGAGCACCAGUUCUUAUGUCUCUUUGGAAUCAGUGGGAGAGGGGAGACUGUCCAUGUGCUGAAUAAAAGACCCGGCUUUUAGACACUGGA